UCAAUUCAUUUUUACCGGCAACAGGCUGAAGAUGCUGAGGCUCCUUGUACUUGCUGUUCUUGUCCUUUGUGGGCAAUGUUAUGAAGACAUCCAGUUUGUAGAGGACAAUACACGUGUGGUAGGAGGAUCCAAUGCAGUCAAAAAUGCAUGGCCAUGGCAGAUUUCUCUCCAGUAUCAGUCUGGAAGCAGCUGGUAUCACACUUGUGGUGGUACUUUGAUCCGAUCUAACCGUGUCCUGACUGCAGCUCACUGUGUAGACAGAGUCAUGACCUUCCGUGUGGUUUUGGGAGAACACAAUCUGAGCCAGAAUGAUGGUACUGAGCAAUUUAUCUCUGUGUCAAGGAUCGUCAAACAUGCCAGCUGGAACCCCAAUAAUGUAGCAGGAGGUUAUGAUAUUGCCAUCCUGUACUUGGCCUCCAGUGCUGUCCUGAACAGCUAUGUUAAAUUGGCUGCACUGCCCAGUGACGGAGCCGUCCUGGCCAACAAUUAUGGUUGCACUAUCACCGGAUGGGGCAGAACCAGCUCCAAUGGCUCCCUCCCCUCCAUCCUCCAGCAGGCCCCUCUGCCCGUGGUUGCCCAUUCUACCUGCUCCAGCGGCUCCUACUGGGGAAGCACAGUCAAGACCACCAUGGUGUGCGCUGGUGGGGAUGGAGUUCGUUCUGGAUGCCAGGGAGAUUCUGGUGGACCUCUUAACUGUGCUGUCAAUGGAGUUUACCAGGUUCAUGGUGUGACAAGCUUUGUGUCCUCCCUUGGAUGCAAUGCCUACCUGAAACCAACAGUUUUCACCAGAGUUUCUGCCUACAUCUCCUGGAUCAAUGCUAAUCUGUAAGUACAGCAAGUUAGAGGUCAUACUGGUGAAACACAUUUGAAGACAUCAUUCAAAAAGUAUUAACCAAUUCCAUUGGAAUUCUUAUUCACAGAGCACAAGCAUAAUAAAGAUUUCUUAUGGUUGAGAUGUA